UUGCCAACUCUAUGCUCUCGUAUAAACAAACCCUUUCUCAUUCUCACUUCCCCAACCCCACUCUCCAAAAACCAUGGUGAAAUUCAAGCUAAAGAUUUUCCGAUCAUGCCGAUCAAAAGACCCUUCUACCCUCCCAAACCACCCCAUCCCUACAUUCCAACGCCACAACAUUUUCACCGACGAUUCCCCAACCACCACCCUACCACCUCCCAAACACCACCAGCAACCGCACCGCUCCUCCUUCAAAAGCCACGUCUCCUCCGCCUUCGGCUGCGGAUCAAAAUCCGGCGACUUCUCCGACUCCGACUACUUUCACUGGCAAGAAGACGACCACUGGCACGUCAUCGCUAAAAUCUACGACGUCGAGUCUCCUCGCCGGAAAAUCUACACCUCCUCCGUCUCCGCCGCCGACACAUCCGACGACAAUUUUCCUUUACCGUUACCGUUAACGGAGAAGAAGAAACGACGUCGUAGUAGAAAACUGAAGCUAAACAAGCUUCGCCGGAGUAUCUCCUCCGACGAUAGCGUACUGUUCACUCGAGAAUACUCCCGCAACGACGUCGUAUUGGAAGACGAAACAGAAACAGAAUCAUUAAUUUCAUGUGAUAGAUCUAGAAGCUUCUCAACAGACUCGUCAACAGAUUUUAAUCCACAACUAGAAACAAUACGGGAAAGCGCGUGUAUCUCACUCGCCAACCGCUACAAAAUGAAAAAAAAGCGAACGACGUCGUCGGCUUUGUUAAAACGCACUGGCCGGAGCAGUGGUGGUAGUGGAACGUCGCCGGAGUAUGGGACGCCGGCGAGACUGUCGGUGUUUAAGAAGCUGAUACCGUGUGAAGUGGAGGGGAAGAUGAAGGAGAGUUUUGCGAUGGUGAAGAGGUCUGCGGAUCCGUACGAUGAUUUCAAGAGGUCGAUGAUGGAGAUGAUUGUUGAGAAGCAGAUGUUCGAGGAGGGUGAUUUGGAGCAGUUGUUGCAGUGUUAUUUGUCGUUGAAUUCGAGGGUGCAUCAUAGAGUGAUUGUUGAAGCUUUUUCGGAGAUUUGGGACACCAUGUUCGGUGGUGAUGAUUGAGGUUGAUGUGGGAUUGUGGGUUCUUAUUAUUGUUUCAUAUAUAGUCAACAAGUUCCAUGUUUCAUGUUGUGGGAUAACUAAUCUAUAUAUUUAUAUGGAUGUGUUUGUAUAUAAAUGUUUUCUUUAAUUAAUUUUAAUCUGUUAGGUAACAUUAGGGUAAGUGUUGUGGAUGAAUGAAAUGUGAAAAAGAAAUGUUGUUAUCAUGUUA